AUGAAGCUGUUCAAGGGUCUUCUCGCUGCCCUUUUGGUAGAAGAAGGCGAUGCUUUCCGACGAGGAUCCCGUCGACAGAGAGUCAAUCGCGUACAGGACAACUGGCGAACAACCAUCAACUUCAAUGAACUGCCAAUGGGAGAUGAUCCUUACAAAGACAUGCCCGUCCAAGACAGAGGUCCAAGACCUGAACAGCCUGAGAUCAACUACGGAGAUGACGAAUGUGAGGCUCCAGAGGUUCCAAUCUGCCCGCCACCAGAGGAAUGCUCUGCUGUUAUGCAACAAGAAGACGGAUGCACUUGUGAUUGCCAACAAGAGCCAGCUCCAAAGUGCGAUCUGGACGUUGUCAUCAUGAUUGAUGUGUGCUCUUGCGGAUGGGAUAUCUGGCAGGGUGUUGUGUCCUACGUUGAAGCUUUGGCGAAGAAAUUCCAUAUGGAAAUCGGCGUGAGCAGCGAGGAGGCACGAAUCUCCAUCGUGCAAUACUCAAAAUCCCAAGAGACUGUCAUCUCUUUCGCUGACAACAUCGAAGACAUCAAAUCCGCCAUCGAGGGAAUGUCCCCAGAGAACUUUGUCGCCGAGGGAACCUACGUCACCAACGGUCUUGAUGAAGCCAUCUCUGAAUUCAACAAGGCCAGACCUAACAGCAAAAAAGUCCUUGUCACUGUUGCCGACGGUUACAACCAUCCCAGCGUCGAGCCACGAGACGUUCAACAAAAGCUCCGUCAGCUUGGAUCAGAUGUUGAGCUCCACGCUGUUACACGAGGUGAAGAGUUCAAAACCAUCGAAGAGUGCCAAAAAUCGAACUUCCAACGAAAGGUCGAACAGUGCUCCAAGCGAGCAGAAAUUAUGACUAUGCUCAACAACGACUCCAACGACAUCUACGAGUACAACGAUGCGCGAUCCAUCCAUGACGUCAUUGACUCUUGUCAGAGCCAGUGCCCAGAGCCACCACAGAAGUCGCUUCACUGCGAAUGCCAGUGCCCCCUCCCGACCGGUUGUCCUGGUGCUCCUGGUCAAGCUGGUGUUCCUGGUGAGAAGGGUCCACCUGGUGAAGAUGGUGACGUCGGAGCUGACGGAGAGCCUGGCGCUCAAGGUGCAGCAGGUCCCGAGGGACCCGCAGGUCUUCCAGGAAAAGAUGGUACCCCCGGUGUUGUCGGACCCAAGGGUGAACCUGGUCUUUGGGGCCGACCUGGUGCUCAUGGAGAGCGAGGAGUAACAGGACCUCAAGGAGAACAAGGUAUCAAGGGUCCCCCUGGUGCCUCUGGAGACACUGGUGACAACGGUCCAACUGGUCAACGAGGUCAGCCGGGACCAAGAGGUCUUCCCGGUAUGCCUGGAAACCCUGGUCCAGUCGGAGCGCCAAAGGAAGUCAACAUGGGCGACCUUAGAGCUGCUGUCUUUGCUAUUUUGGACGAGCUCAAACCAGGUGGAGAACCCUCCGAUGCCAAAUUGGCUGGAAUGAACAUCUUUUAA